AUGGUGGCACGAUUCGACUCCGUGGAGGCUCUGCAGAAAGCCGCCAGCAUACCUCAUCUCUGUUUCUUCCACGAUCCUGCAGCAAGGCGUGUGUUACCAGUCAGCAAUAAGAAACGAGUACACCAAGCGGGAAGCCUGAAGGGCAUCUUCACAGAGAGAGUAGAAGAGAGAGAAAGAGAUGCUUCGACCUCAACCAGGCCAUGCUGGGUAACGCCAACUAUCCUGCUUCAAGUCCGCGAUAUGAAGUUGUGUCGAAUCUGCCAAGCAGAGGCCUUCCAAAUACAUGAGCCGGGAAAGUGGGGAGAUGUUGGAAUAAGAAACGAGGGCGUUUCGUGGCGCUGGGCAACACUAGGACUAAAAAUUCUUUUCUUGGAGGCGCGCGACCCCUGA